AUGUGAAUAUAUUUACCAGGAAGAUAUAUUCAAAUUUAACAUGGCGUAUUCAGAGUCAUUAAGAAAGGGACAAAUUCAAAUAACAUGUCAGUUAUGUGAAAUUCCAAAUAAGAAAAUCACUUGGAAAUGCGAAGACUGUGAUCUUUUGAUGUGUGGAAAUUGUCGAGAAAAUAUACAUUCGAAAGUGAAAACUUCUGAAGAUCACCAUAUAAUAAAUAUCAAGGACAUUGGUAAGAAGGAAAAUAAAGGAAAUGAAAAAAUAAAAGUAAGUAAUAUCAAAUGCAACACACAUCAACUUCAAAUAUGCUGUCUUUAUUGCAAAGACUGCAGCAAGGUUGUGUGUCCUACAUGCAUAACCGAUGUCCACAACGGUCAUAAACUACAAAAUAUAAACGAAGCGUAUGAUUUGAAAAUCAAACAUUUGAACGAUAGACAAGAAAGGAUGAAGCGUAUGUUGGAAGAACUGGAAUUAAGGGAGAAAGAUCUUGCAGAAAUAGUGUCUGAUAGACGUUCAAAACACAAAGACACCAAACAAGCAAUAACGGUAGAUAAAGAAACAUUAAUUAAAGCUGUUAAUCGACGUGCAGAGGAGCUUUUCGAAAAAUUAGAUACAGAACUGGAAACAAUUAAUGUAUCCGUCGACAGUGAAAAAAGUCAGCUUGUAAGAGCGAAAGUAUCUUUGAAUGACAAAUUAAUGAUAACAGCAAACGCUCUAAAAUUUAACAAUUGCAUUCAGAUACUUGAAAACGAGCUCGAGUCAAAUACACAGUUACUUCCGAAACGUACCGAGAAUAGCUACAAUAUCUCUAAUUUUGUGCCGGCUUCAAUAAAAGACGUUAAUUUGGGGACACUCCAGACAUACGCCAAUGCACAUCCAAAAACUUCCAACGUCAUACUGAAAGUGGUAAAAAAACUGAAGACCGAUUUACAUUCUAUCCACGUCAUUGUUACGUGUAACGAUAAACCAAUAUGGAUAACCGACUCUAGAAAUAGUAUAUUGCAGAUGGUAAUUCCGGGCGAAGAAGAUGUGUCGGUAUUAGUUAACAUUCACAUUGUCGUGUUCAGUAUGGUAGUAGUUCCAUCAGGUGAUCUUCUUGUGGCAACUGGUGAUUCAGUGUUGAAAGUUGUAAACCCUAAAACAGCCAAACUGACCGAAUCUAUCUAUUCCGCUUUUGAUCAAAUUAUUACCGCAGUCCAUUUGACGGAGAAAAAUGAUCUUAUUUUAGGAGCUAGAUCCAAAGGAAUGCGGUACGCACCUAGCGGCAGUAAAGUACUAAUUGUGAUGAAUCUGGAUGGUGAAAUACAAACUAUAUGGGAAUUUGAUAGAGGAAAUAAACCAUUGUUUACAUACCCAAGGUAUAUCACUAGCAACAAUAAAGGAAACGUCGGUAUAGUCGAUUGGUUUUCCGAUGGCGGCAAUGGUCGGGUUGUCAUUUUAUCACCAAAUGGAAAUAUCCUAAAUGUCUAUGAUGGCCAACCUGAUACGAAGACAAGACAGCUCGGUGGAAUUGUUGCUACAAAAGCGAAUAAUUUCAUUGUUAAUGAUGCUCUCAGUGCCAUGUUACAUAUUUUAGAUAGCGACGGAAAAUGCGUUUAUCGUUUCAAUACUACAUCAAUUGGAAUAGGAUCGCCGUGUUAUCUAGCAUUCUCAAAGUCGGGAACACUUUACAUUGGAAGUGUUAAAUUGGAACAGCAAAAUCUGUUUGAACUGACAUAUUCCGAUUGCUGAAAUUAUUUAAUAUGUCAUAAGGUUCUUAAAAUUAAGAAACCUAUCUAAGAUUAGUAAUGCUAUGUAACAUAUUGCAGAAAACAUGUUGUUUUGAUUAAACAUUUACUCCAAAUAAAAUAAAAUGUUUCAUUUGU